AUGGCCACUGUAGCGCAGCCCGCCUCCAUUUCCAACGGAACUUAUGCGCAAGAAAGCGACCAGCAUACCGAACACGGCCCUCCGCGUUUCACUGCUGUCAACGGCAAGGACACAACAGUGCACAAUUCCAAUACCGCAACUUCCACCGUCAGCCCAUCUCAAAGUAACGAGAAUAUCGAUUUAGGAGCGGCCAAUGGCAGUGCAAACGGUUCAAGACAGGAGGAAGGCCAACGCGAAACGUUGGAUGCCAGCGUAGACCAAGUCGCCGAGCAUGGCCCUCAGGAAUUAUCGCCCCAAGCGACGCCAAACGGAGGGAACAAGAAUAAACGAAAGCGUUCCGAGUCCCUCGAACGCCAAUCGCAACAACAGGAUCUACCAAGUGACGUCCAAGCAAUUUCUGCGCGCUCCUCGGAUGUGGGCUCGGAGCCGCCUAUGCAGUCGGAAGCAUCCAACGGUUCCAAACUAUUUUCCGCUGGCCACGAAUAUUCCGGACAGCCCUCCGCGGGCUAUAUGCAUGCAGAGAUCAAGGAUGCGCAGAUGAUUAAUGGGACAGGUGGCUCUUGGCAGGAUUACGACUCUCAUCUGAUUAGCCAGGCCCAGAAAGCCCAGAACUUGGAUACCUCUGAUGCACAACUGGUGGAAGCUCUUCAGAGAGAGACUCAUUCGACUGACUCAAUGGAGCAAAAACCAUGGCCCACUGGUCCGCCUUCCGUCACGGGUGAGCCUAUGUCACCUUAUACGCAAGAAAAGUCACAAUCAUCCGUCCAGGUUGGGCCGAAGAGGAAACGAGUUUUUAGCAAUCGGACUAAGACUGGUUGUCUGACUUGUCGGAGGAGAAAGAAGAAGUGUGACGAACAGCAUCCCGCAUGUAACAAUUGUAUACGCGGUGGAUUUGUUUGCGAGGGCUACUCUUCUAGAAGUACAUGGCAGAAACCAUCAAGCAGCAAGGGUCCGGUACCUUUGCAAUCCAAGGACGGGUACUCUGAAGCAGCUAAUCAGUAUCUGCAAGAUGUCAACGCCCGCCAUCACGAGCGAAUCCAAACCACGGCGCAACAAGCUGAAGUCAAUAAAGUCAGGCCGGUUGUCGUGGAGGAUAAUGACAAUGCCGCCGCCCAAUAUCUAGGCACGCCAACGAAUGUUACAGGGAAUCGGAACGCUUGGCCCAAGAGAAGCUGGCCAAGCGCGUCACAUCCUCCUUACAUGGCUGAGCACAUGUCAAAAUCUACCGAUUACCGAGAAGUUCCUCCUAUCCAUGAGCUUUCCCGUGAGGGCCAACCAAAGACUGAAUAUCAUGUCGUUCCGUCUAUCCGUGAACUCUCGCAACAAGGCCCGCAUCCAAAACCCGGUAUGCCCAUGUUCCAAGGUGCUGUCGAUCAAAGACCUCCACAUCCCAGCAGCAUAGACACUAGUAGUCCACAGGCACAAGCACGGCUUGCAUUGAGCAUUGAGCACCAGUUAUCGGCACGCCAUAAUACCGGCGAGGACACAGAGAGAGAGAAAAUGAUUCACGGAGAGCUCUAUCGUCCUUUCGACAUGCAACUAGUGGAAGACCGUGACCGUUGCAAGUCCGCACUAUGGCGAUUCAACAAUGCUUGUAACCCACUAUCCGGUGUGAGUUCCAAGGAACAAAACCGAUUGCUCAGGGAGAUCAUCAUCCCCCCUGCGACCACAACCCCUUCUGGAUCCCCUACCCCGCGACCUAUGGGUUCGAUUGGCCAAGGGGCAGUUGUCGAAGCUCCUUUCCGCUGCCAUUAUGGCUUUAACAUACACAUCGGAGAAGAUGUGAUGAUAUCUGAGAAUUGCUCUAUGGUUGACGAUUGCCCAAUCAAUAUUGGUGCCCACACGUGGAUUGGCCCCAAUGUCACCAUCCUUGGCUCAAUGGCCCAUGCUAACAUGCAAGAGCGCAAAGGCUCGCAGAGUCGAUAUCAGGGCCGUCCCGUUACCAUUGAAGAAGAUUGUUAUGUCGGUGCAAACUGCACAAUAUACCCAGGAGUGCGUCUUCGACGAGGCGCCUAUGUCGCGCCAGGCGAAGUGGUGAAGUCAGAUAUUGUUGCAUAUGGAUUUCAAGGGCUCAAGCCCAGCUACAUGUGA